AUGCAAGAGAACUCGAAGAAGGAAGAGGUUAAAGAAAGGGAAAUGGGCAUUUUUCUUCUUUUUACAAACUUUUAUACCUUUCGGUUUCUUUUCCGUCUUUUUCUUCUUCAUUGUGAUUUGAGUUCGUCUUUCACUUUCACUUCUUCCAUUUGUCACACUUUAUCUGCUAAAUUUUCUCCCCAAAACCGCUUUCUUCGUUUUAUUUUCCUUCAUCUCCCCUUCUUUCUUUCUUUCUUUCUUUCUUUCUUUCUUUGCAUUUAUCAGAGCUCUGCAUCCCUCAUUCUUUCUUGCCUUUUCUCUCCGUUCCGUUCCUUUUUUCUUGAUGUUAUUCUUUCUUUCUUGCUUUCUUUCUUUCUUUCUUUCUUUCUUUCUUUCUUUCUUUCAUUUUCUUAUUUUUGUCCACGUCUUUAUCAUAUAUUUGUUGUUGUUGUUGUUGUUGUUGUUCUUCUUCUUCUUCUUCUUCUUCUUCUUCUUCUUCUUCUUCUCUGCGUGUUUCUAUUUUCCCUACUCUUUUGUCCUCUUUUUUCUUUUACCUUUUUUUUAUAUUACGUCUUUCCUUUUUAUUUCCCUCCUCGAAAAGUUUCCUUUCCUUUCCCAUCUCACCUAUUCUUUUUUUUUUUUUCCUUUUAG